AUGACGGCUGUAGCUCCCCCCGUGAAUUUCCAGAACAUCAAUCGGCAGGCAUGGAGCGCUGAGGCCGGCCCCAACGGCGCCAUGUUCAUGCCUCGCAAGAGCGUCCAACGCACAAACUCGUCGUCGUCCAUCUCCUCGCAGGCCUCGACCACGUCCACCAUAGCCGCCCCGCCCGCACAGCCAAACGGCGUCCCGCCCUCCGAGGCCACUGCUUGGGCCGCCCGCAAAACUAAGCCGCCAAAGGGACUAUGGCCUGCCUCCAAGACUGAGCCUGUUUCUGGAAUCACCACCGCACGCCCGCAGCCCAUCUCGUCUGCAGGACCCGGCUCGUCGGCAGCUUCCGCUAUGAGCGCCCUACAGUCACCCUCCGCCAUGGUGCCCUCGCAGCACAACGGCGCCGUACAAACACAGCAGCAGCAGCAACAAGCACAGCAACAACAGAAUGGCGGUCCACGAGCACAUCUCCAGGAGCACUCGGCCAUUCUGCACCUCGUGCCCAUGAACGGCACCUUCGAGCGCAAGACCAUCACCGUCCCCUUCUUCCCCGACGUCCUCCGCAUCGGCCGCCAAACUAACAACAAGACGAUCCCCACCCCACUGAACGGGUACUUCGACUCGAAAGUGCUUUCUCGACAGCAUGCUGAAGUCUGGGCGGACCGCAACGGCAAAAUCUGGAUUCGAGACGUCAAGUCGUCCAACGGCACUUUUGUCAACGGGUCACGGCUGUCACAGGAAAACAGGGACUCUGAUCCACAUGAGCUGCGGGAACAGGACAUGUUGGAACUGGGCAUCGACAUUGUCAGCGAAGAUCAGAAGACGAUUGUACACCACAAGGUCGCUGCCCGCGUCGAACAUGCGGGCAUCUAUGCCAGGACAGGCAGCGACGUGCUCGACCUCAACUUUGGCGAGCUUGAAGGACCUCAGAUGUCCAACAUGAUGGGGCCUGGCGCCCAGCAACAGAUGGCGAACAUGCGUGGUCGGACCCCGAGUCAAGGCUCGAUUAAUGGUCAGCGUCUUCAGACGACUCCUGGUGCGAUGGCGGGCUACGGCAGCAACUUGCAACAACCGCGCCACCCCAACUUCUGGCUCCAGCCCAUUACCAUGGAGCAGGUGGUCAAGAAGCUCAAUACUGAGAUGAAAGCUGCCAAGCAACAAUCACAGGAGCUCCAACAGACUCAUCAAUUCAUCAACACUAUUCUGUCUGCAGACCCCAAGAAAGAACCCGCAAAGCCUUCACCCGCCAAUUCGGUGAGGAUCUCACCCGCCAACUCAGUAAAGAUAUCCCCUGUUAAGGACUUGAACAUGAAGGCCAGAUUCUCGGACCCUCCAGCUCCCCCGCCCCAACAGCCGCUACCUGAGAAACCCAACGCCGCGUCCUCGCUCAAAAGAUCAAACACCGAGCGUCAGAAGACGGGCUCGCCAGUACGCUCAGACGCACAAAUGUCUUCACUCACCGAGGCCCUGAACGUCGCGAAAACUGAGAUAGAGUCCCAAGGCGUCCGACUUCGAGACCUGGAGGCGCUGCUAACUGAAGAGCGCCGUGCAAGAGAAGACGCCGAGGAAAGAGCCAAUCGAUUGGAGCGCGAAUCAAUCAAGGAACGGGAGGAGGCAGAGGCUGCAGUUGCUGAUGCAGAAAUCGACGAAUCUGAAAUCGCUGAACCCGAACAAGAAGCGAUGACCGGCUUGGAAAACGGAUCAACAUCUCCUGACGUUACCGAUACCGCUGCUGCCGGCUUGCAACAACGCUUGGAGUUGAUGAUGUCGGAAAUGGGCGAGAUGAAGCAGCAAAUGGAGCGCUACCGAGAAAGAGCCGAAGCUGCAGAAGCAGAUCGCAAAAGCUUGGCUGAAAUGAUCGAGAGCAUCAGGAAAGACAACGAGCGAGCGAGCAGCAGAGAAGCCAGGCGCCGGAGUCGAAGCAGUAGCGAAUCGGCUAAAGGUGUUGCAAGCACGGGAGUAGACGGAUCUGAGGACUACAUGGAAGCAGACGAUGGCGAGAGCACAACCAUCAAGGAGAAAGAUGCCGAGUUUGACGGUGCAGGCGCACUGCUUAGGAAAACCGGCCUCCAGAAUGGGCACGCAGUUGCACACAACGACACAGCGCAUGCAGAAAAGACGCCAAACGCCCUGGCUGUCCGGCGUCAAAAUGAAACCAACCUCAUGUUUUACGGCGGGCCCGCUGGCGCCAUUGUGACAGUCGUUGCCAUUGGUGUAGCUGUUAUGGCUAUGCUCAAUCAAUACCCUAAGGUUGAGCGGUGA